AUGAACUUUUGGGAGCACUUUUCAGACUGCGGUGUAGUGGGGUCGGCGCUUAGCCUCUCUGUUACCACCAUCGGUGCAGGCGUGCUCGUCAUUCCAUCGACUUUCCAAGACAGCGGCAUUUGCCUUGUUGUGGGCGUACUCAUCCUAGUAGGAGCUCUGACAGUGCUUUCCAUCGACUACCUGGUUCGCUGCGUUGACUGUCUUCACCUCAAGUCGUAUGAAGAUAUCUCACGCGAGCUGCUGGGCCGGUGGUGUGAGGAAACGGUACGGUGGAUUCUCAUCAUCUACAACAUCGGCAUCGCCGCUGGCUACAUCGUCCUCAUAGGUGAGAUCUUCACCCCAUUACUGCCGCUCAUUCAGCCGUAUCUGCCCUUCCUUACGGACAGCUCGCACGUCAUGAUCUCGGCAUGGGUUUUCGUUAUGCUGCCACUGUCCUGCAUUCCCAAAAUAACAAAAAUGAACUACAUCUCUUUUGUCGCCAUCACGGCCACCUUCCUUAUCUCGGCAAUUAUCGCGUACCGCUACCUUGUCCCGUUCGACGGGGAGCGCAACCAUGCCAAGGUCACGUACCUGCCAUGCAAUGAGCGCGCGUUCUUGACUCUGCCGGUAAUGAUGUUCUCAUUUGACUGUCAGUCCCUUGUGUUUCAGAUCUACAGUAAUCUGAAAAUAGCCACACGAACAACUAUGGCGAGAGUGGCGUCGCUGAGCGUCGGCAUCACCGGCUCACUGUACUUCAUUGUUGGGCUGUUUGGUUACCUCACCAACACCCCAAACAUUACCGGCAACAUCCUCACAAACUACGAUCCUAUCAAGGAUCACCUCUUCGCGCUCGGAGAGGUGGUUUACUCCCUUACGGUUAUGGUCGCCUAUGUCCUCGUCUUGUUCCCCUGUCGAGACGCCAUGUUCAUUUUCUUGUUUGGCUACAACACGGCGACGCACGAGUUGGCGCAUGAGGCCAUCACCACGAGUCAUAAUCUAAUUGUUAGCGUUUUGCUGUCUACCGUGAGCAUCUUUCUGGCCAUGCGAGCCACGGGGAUUGUCGUCAUCAUCGCGCUUCUCGGGGGUCUCUGCAGCAGCACAAUCUGCUUCUCCUACCCGGCAGCGUUCCGCAUCAUGCUUCACAUCAGGGGUCUGGAUCGCUGCAAGCCGACCGAGCUCUUCACCGCCAUCUUCAUGCUCGUCUUUGGUAUGUUGGGCGGUAUCAUGGGCACUGUCAUUGCCCUUCGACUUUGA